GAAAGGACACAAUGCGACAGCUCGCGGCGGUGUGCGCGGCGGUGACCUGCAAGUCCCUUGCUAGUGUGUUCGCUGCAGACCCAUGCACCUCGUAUCCGUCGCUGACGGUCACUCCCCCGACCUGCACUGCUGUCCAAGUGGGGUCCAACACGCCUCAUGUCUCCCACACAUCUUCGAUCUUGUCAAGUUGGAUUGUAAUCGUCGGGGGCUAUGCUAUCAGCACAGGACAGCCCGUGACGACCAACACUGUCAUGUUGUUCGACCCAGCUGCCAUCCCUGCAUCUGUCGUCAUCCCAACGUUGUCGGUGGGAUAUACUGUCCCCAAACUCAUCCCAACGAGUGUACAACCAGGGUCACGAGCCGAGCACUCAUCCAUUGUCUGGGACGAUGCGAUUGUCAUCUACGGUGGCCAAAACACUGACUUCAUGAACGACAUGUGGCGACUGUGCGUGGGCAGUAGCGGAAGCUCUGGACGAUGGGACGAAGUCACUCCCUCGAUGGGUUUUGUUCCCUCUGCGCGGAAAGGCCACUCGGCUCUGGUCUACGCCACCAACAGCACAACCAUGGUCGCGAUGGUGUUUGGCGGGAUGCUCGGCACGACGUAUCAAGACACGAACGAUCUCUACUUCACGAUCAUCUCCAAGUCCGCGGGCUCGACAGCGUGCCAGACCACUCGCCCGAUCGUGCUGUGGCAACGUGUCACGACUGUCACAAAUAGCACGGGGGGACGUCCGUCCCCGCGAUCGUACCAUACAAUGGUGCUGAAUCCCUCGAGCUCCGCUUCGCGCUUUUCAAACUGCGCGAUCGUCUAUGGCGGCCAGUCCACGGUCGACAACACAAUCAUGGACGACAUGUGGUCCCUGUGCCCCGAGCCAUCGACGCCAUCGAAUACUCCCGUCGAGCAGCAAACGUUCGUGUGGACGCAACUGGCUCCUUCCGGGACCAAGAUGCCGUUCCCUCGCUUUGGCCACGCAGCCAUCGUCCCCAUUCCGAACCGAUUUAUCAUUUGGGGAGGCUCCUAUCGCUUUCCCAACGAUUACCUCAACGACGCCUGGGAAUACGAUUUGUACUUGCAACGAUGGAUUGCCCUGGCACUGGUUGUGGACGGCGCCACACCAAUCUCCCCUCGCCGGUUUCACUCGGCCACGUACACCGCCCAGCGCCAGCUCAUUCUACUCGGGGGUCUCGAUCGAUAUUCUCUCAAGGAUUCGUCGGCGAUUCAAUGCACGUACACGUCGUCGCAGUGUGCGGCUGGGUCGGUGGCCAUGUUUUGCAAUGCAACCGAUGAAAUUGUCUGCCAGCCGUGCCCCGCGGGGUAUUUUGCCGCCGAAGGGGCGAGACAGUGCGGUGUCUGCCCGUCAGGCACGUACUCGACAGACGGGUCGGCGAAUUGCACCGACUGCCCCAUGGGGACGUACAAUGUGCAGUCGGCAUCGCCGUCCUUGGCGUCUUGCGAGCGGUGCCCCAUCGGAACGUUCUCCACAUCCAUCCGUGCCACGUCGUAUGCGACGUGUCAAAGCUGUCCUGCAGGAUCGUUCUCGAACGUGGUUGGGUCGACAGGCUGCACUCCGUGUGCGGCUGGGACGUUUUCAAGUGCCAACGCUAGCUUGUGUACGGCUUGCGUGGCUGGCACAUUCAGUGCGGCCGCGGCCAGCUCGUGCUCGAACUGCGCCCCAGGGUCGUACACACCAUUUCCAUCCAUGAGCUCGUGCUUGGCCUGUCCCCUGGGAAUGUACAGCAAUGCGACGGCGGCGCAAUGCACGGCGUGCCCUCUUGGCACAGCGAGCAGUCGAGUCAUGGGAUCGCUGGCGGACUGUGUUGCGUGCGCGGCGGGGUCAUAUGCCGAUUCCUUGGGGCAAUCCACGUGCACGUUGUGUCCCGACGGGUCGGCUUCGUCGGUGGUUGGCAGCUCCUCUCGGGCGUCAUGUACACUUUGCCCCAUGGGCACGUUUUCAAAAGCAAUCAAGUCGACGUGCACGCCGUGUCCUCGCAGCACGUAUGCACACCAAACUGGCUUGGCCGCAUGCUUUGCAUGCCCCGCGAAUACCUUCACCAACGGCUCAACUCUGGCCACGUCAAUGGCCGCUUGCAUUCCGUGCCCAGUGGGGACUCAGUUGCAUGCUGCGUCUGGCACGUGCACGAAUUGCCCUCCAGGCACACGUCGCAACGUCAACACGUCGGGCUGCGUCCUCUGCCCACCAGGGUCGUUUACGGCGACCGAAGACGACGCUCAAGCCACACAAUGCACCGCGUGUUCGCCCAUGCAAGCAUCCUCGAGCUAUGGGUCAUCGUCGUGCGAUGGUUGCACCCUUGGAACGUACUCAUCGAACCAGUGGAGCACGUGUUUGGCGUGCGCGACGCCGUGCCCCAUCGGCCGCAACGGACUCGUGUGCUCAAAUCAAGGCACGUGCGCUUACGGAGGCUGCACGUGCAACUCAAACUCGUACGGGUUUGCAUGUGGGUCCAUCGUGCAGUUGGCGGCGACGACCACCAGCGGCGUCAUCUACUUUGCCACGUCCAACAACACGAUUCUGUACGAUAACGUGACCAACUCCGUGACGCUGCAACGAGAAGGCGGGUGCCGGGGCGCUCUUAGCGUUGUUGUGUCGACUGGUGGAGGCAAUGCGACAGCGACCAACGGCGGGCUCUCUGUGGGGUGGACCGCCACUGUGACCUUUACGGACCAGCAAGUCACCAAGACACUGACGCUGCCCCUGCACACCGUCACGCAGGGCUGUGCUUCCCUUCGACUCGUCCUGUCUGAUCCGUAUCCAUCGCAAGUAUCGUCCAACGUGUCGGCGACGGACGGCGCGAAUGUUGUCAUUCUUGUACAAGCCACCACCGUUGCCACCACGAGUGUGCUCCAAGUCGUUGCCACCACGACUGGCUACAACAUUUCGAUCGCGGUGUCGAGCACCGCUGCGACGUCGACGAGUGUGACGCUGCCGCCCUUGGCCAUGCCAUCCAUCAAUACGUUUCUAUACUUUGACACGAAUGUCGAUUUGACAGUUGUCCCGCUUGUGCCGGCAAUGCUGGCCGCCCUCGAGGCGCAAUUUGCUUUGAAAGACUGGCGGUUUGCACACAAUAUGAAUGGGACUCCGGCGUUUAUCAACGACGCCGCGGGGCUGUACACCCGCUUGAACGCCAUCGCAAGCGUCGCGGCCACACCGUUCCAUGGCGAGUUCCUCAACGCGACCUAUCUGUCGAGUCUUCCAUGGGCACCGGGAGCAUUGCGACAAGUGGUCGUUUUCACAGCCGCCACAGCGAUCGCGGCUUCGACGUCCGCCGCCAGCAUUCGACAGGAAUGCGUUCAAGCAAACGCAAUUCCUUUGUUUUUCACAUCGACCGGCGCGUUUCCCACCAUGUCGGCGUUAGCGUCAAACAUGGGAAUUGGAGCGAUUCGAUCCUACACGCCAAGCACAUUUGUGACAACGCUCGGACAACUUCUCGAGGCCGAAUCCCCGGUUGGAUUUUACGUGGUGUCGAACCCGUACACGCUCGUCCAGGCUGCGUCUGGCACCCGGCAAGCGGUGACGUUGUCGUUUCGGAAAGCUACAGCGAUGGAUCCAUCCCCGAUUUUUGUCGUGGCAAAUGCCCUCGGCCUUGGGGUUCUCCAACUCACGCUUUUCACAAGUCUUUCAUCGUGCUCGCCCCCGCCAGCAGCCGCCCCGACAUGGCCAGUGUCGACUGGCUGGAUCGCUCCGUACUCGUUAACGACCGACCUUGCUGCCCAGUGGACACUGCAAACAAGUCCUUCGACUCAAACAACGCUGGUUGCACAGUCGUCGCCACAAGGUCCAGGCAUGACGAUUCAAACGAGCUCAAAAGCCAGUUAUGCCCAAAUGGUUCCUGUGCAUCUCCAACCCGCCACCCCGCUGAUUGUGCGCGCGUAUGUAAAAGGCUCCGUCUCCACAGGGUCCAUCGAACUCGUUCUGUACGCAUCAAACGGUGCAACUCGGGUGGCGCUGCCACUGCUGACCGUCAAUCCCAGUCUUCCAGAUUGGCAAUUCGUGUAUGCUCGUGUGAUCUUGAACGACACGACAAUGUCGCUACAGCUCGUCGUCAACACGUCCACGACCCUCCAAGUCGCAAACCUUGGCAUGUACCCCGAGCCAGCGUUUGCAUGCCAGUGCGGGCCAGGAUUUUUUGUUCACAAAGGCGCGUGCCAGCGCUGUCCGAGUGGAUUUUCGUGUGGCGGUGGGGUCCUGUCGGCCUGCACCAAGCAAACGUACUCAUUUGGGGCGUUUGCUACAUGCAAACCAUGCCUCCCUGGAUGGACUUGCUCGGGCGGUCUUGCGUUGCCGUGCCCUAAAGGCACCUACACAACAGACGCGACCACGUGUGUGCCAUGCCCCGCUGGAUUCAAGUGUUUCCAAGGCCAAAAGACGUCGUGUGCAGCGGGGACAUUUGCCCCCGGGAAUUCCUCCGUGUGCAGUCUGUGCUUGCCUGGAACGUAUGCUAGCUCGGGAGGCGCCAAGGAUUGUGCGGUGUGUCCGCCAGGAUAUACCUCGAAUUACCGUCGGGACCACUGCAUUCCGUGUGCGGCUGGAACGACAUCCACUCAGGGGGAGAAGGGGUUUCGGUGCAAGUCGUGUGAAAAGAAUACGUUUGCUCUUGCUGGAGCGACGACUUGCACAAGUUGCCCCAAGGCACAUGCCUCGUGCAAAUUUAUGGAUUUGACGAGUGUUGUGAGUAGGGGUCGAUGACGCUACUUCCAGGGUCCCUAUGGUGCUUGGCCUGUCCGUCCACCUCAACCGACCCCCACUGCCUUCCGUAAGGCGAGACGAACACAGUUGGCACUUAAUUCCACCUUGAGUCACUAUAAUUGCAGCCUCGUGCCAUGCACACCCUGGCUAGCACCCGAACUCGAAUGGCUACCCAUUCCACACCCUGACUCGAAUCGCUCGACCACACAGUUCGAGGCCAUCCAACUCCAACGCUUUCUUCAACGCGUCUUGAACGUCAAAUGCAACGUGAACGACCGAUUGCGGUACGCCGGUGGCCGACACGUCCCGGUGAAAAUGCGCGAGGGGACCGCAGAUGCUAAACAUGCGGCGAAGCGCGUCGCUGUUCGCUCGUUUUGAAACGUUGGACACGUGGACUUGAAACCGAGGCGGCUUUGAGAUUGGAGCCGUCGACGAUGAUGAACGACGUCGUUUGGGGAUCGUAAAGGCCGGCUCCCAGGCGUCGGAUGCAACGGACCGGGACCGCUUCUUGGUCUUGUCCGUACUGAAAAGAUCGCGGGGGAGCGAAGGUGGCGACCGACGCGAUGGAGACUGGUGAUCACGGAUGGUGGAGCCCCCGUUUUGCGGGCCGUAGCAGCUUGGUUUGGAGUGAUGGGCCAGAUGGGCUUCGCGGGCUGGAUCGCGAGGAUUGGACUUGUCGCGUUGAGGGUGCUGGCUCAUUGAACGAUGCCGCUGCAUGUGGCCAAAAGAAGGAGCGAUGCUUUUUGACCGCUUUCGGUUCAACGUAUGGCGGAGGUCUCCUUCGGCGAAUCUUGACGUCGACGGGUGAAGGAUGGACCGUGGCAUGGAUGGCUUGGGCUGAUGGGACCGACUCCCGUAACUGGGUUCGUCUAUCUCGUCCGGACUUGACAUGGACAAAUCGACUACAUCAUGCCGGGAAACACUUUUCGAUCUGGAAGGCGUGUCAUGUCGAUGCGAUUCGCUUUUCGACCGAGACGAGAGUUCCAAUCGAUGGGUUACGCUCAUGGAUCGGCUGGAGUCGUGUGUGGCUCGCUCACGCGUUGGGCGUACCGGACCAUGAUCUUGGCCGGCCGACGUCCUCUGGUUUUCUUUCGGACCGUAAUGACUCCUCGAUCUCUCGCGGGGCCGCUCUACCCGACGAUUGGGGCGGUCGUGGGUCCGCUCUUUGCUUCGGCCUUUCGCCCUGUCGUCGGUCGAUGGUCGACAGUGACUCUUCGAUCUAUGCCGGUCGUGGUUUGACCCACACUUCUCAUACUUGUCGCGGCAUCGACUCUUGGAUCGAUCCCGCGAGAUUGCGCCAUUGCGAGGUCGACUUUGCGACCGAUCUUUUCCGCACUUGUGCCUUGUGUCCCAUCGGCUGUUGCCCCCACGCCGCAUCUUGCGUCGAUCGUCGUCGUCUUGAAACCGGUCAUGUUCCCAACGCUCCGGGCUGUCGUUGCGGCUAGACCGCCGCUCCCACGUCCGUCCCCGGCGGUCAUCAGGGCUGCGUUCGUCGGGACUUGGUUGUGUUUUGCGCCGAAACUUGCGCAUUUUCUUCUCGACUUUGGCCAUCAUGUCCUUAUUGCAUCGAUCGCCGAAUCGAACCUUCAAUUGUCGGCCCAUCAAUGUUUCUCCGUCCAGCAACAAGGCCUGAACCCCUUCGUCCGCUGUGGCAAACGUUAUGUGACCCCAUUGCGGCUGCGAACCCCGCCGAAAGUACCGAAUGUCGCCGCAGUGCUUGAAGAAGCGGCGCACAUCUGCAUCCGUCGCGUUACUGCUCAGGUUGCCCACGUAAAACACGCACAUAUCCAUCGACGGAUGGUAUGGGAUGGUGCGCGACAAGCCAGAUGCAGAGUCAGAGGACAGCUGCCUCGCGUGGGAGUGAGACCGAAGGCGGCGAGAAAAUGGAGUAGUUGAAACGGGCGGUGACCGCGGUCGCGAUUUGGAUCUGUACAACGUGGGGUGCCGCACGGAAUCGGGGCUGUCCGGUCGCACUCUCGACGUGGAUCGAUGGACUCGUGAAGGUGAUACGGAAGUGGGCGCGUGGGAAGCCACGGAUGACUGAAGGGUGCUGGUUUGAGGUGC